GGACCUGAAAUGUGGCUCGACGAUUCGCGGCCGUCUGGGACCUGCUCCGCCCACGUCGACGUCGCUCACGAGCAGGCUGGCUGCAUCAAAUGGCAGCUGCCUGCCGACGCGUGGACCAAGCUCGCCCGGCUAUCGUACCAGAGUUGCGGCUCGCUCUUCCUGCUCGCGGAGGACGCUCCUGAGCGCCGGACGACGGGAUGCACGCUGGAGGAAUCGCGCUCGCGGCGCGACUCGGGCUGCUGCGGCCCGCUCAAGCCGCCGGCGACAACGACGCCGUGGUCGUGCAUGGCGCAGGUGGCCAAGGCAUGGCGCGCCGUGCGACGUUCCGCGUCGGUGGCGGCCCACCGGACUCGCCCCAAGGGCGGUUGCCGCAGUGUAACCUUCUCCGAAUGGGAGGCGAGCAUCGGGGACGAGGACGACUUCUCCCUUCUGGACGGAGGAGAGAACCCCGAGGGGGAGCAGGAGGGGCAGGGCAGCCCAAGCCCGUCUCCGCAGACGAACACCAUCGUCGUCCCGCUCAGCCAGGUGUCGUCCGCGUGCUCGCAAGCGCAGACGGCCGAGAGCGCGGGCGAGCCCUGCUGACCGUGGGCGCUCCCGGCAGAGCCCCGUGGCGGCGGCGGGCGGGAACUUAGGUCAUUUAUUGGAGGGAGGAACUUCGAUGUGGGUCCAUGUAACGUGAAGAAGAUCAGCGCUGCAUGUUGGAGGCAUGUGAUGUGUGUGGAGACGUGUGGAGAGAGAAGGCAAUGCGGCCAAAAGCUAGGAUAUCAGCCUCGAGAACCUCGAGAUACGUGUACGUGUCACAUGCACGCAACGCACGUGUCGUGCCCGGUGCUUCGGAGAGCGGCUUUUGUUCUUCUUUGCUUUGUUUUUGUAUCUUUGGUUCUUUGCCCUCUC